AUGUAUGUAUACAAACUAGACACCGGAAACCGCCAACCGGACCCUCAUCACCACCCAUCAACGCCACCGCACACCACCGCCAAAAAAACCAUUUCCCGGAGCUUAGGAUCACUAUUACGAAGAUCUAAAACCUACAGGGAAAACAAUCACCACCACAAUGACGAUAAAGAAGAUCGAAAAGAAAUGGUCCAAGAAUCGUCAAAAAACACCAUAUUUCCGGCGAUCGAGGGCGGCAGGAGAUCGGUUCCGGCGAUGGAAGAUGGCAGGAAAUCGAUUACAGAUGGGAGGAAAACGGUUUCGGGAACCGGAGAAGGGAGGAAACUGGGGGCGGAAAUGGAGGUGGGGGCGGUGCUAGGGCGGAGAUCGGCGGAGAAUAGGGCGGAGAUGGUGAUGAUUAACGUCGGAUCGAUGGCGGAUUUGCUUCAUGUGAGGGUGUUAGUGACGGAUAUGCCGGCGUUUAUGCAGGUUCAUGCAUUCCGGUGUGCCAGAAAAACGUUCGAUAGUUUGGAGAAAUUUAGCCCCAAACAAAUUGCUUUAAACAUGAAAAAGGUACCCUUUUUAAAUUCAUUUCCGUUUGUACCAAAAUAA